UGUAAAUAGUGGACUAAAUAUGAUUUUGUCUGAUUUAAAGAUGUACGUUUUUGUGUUUUUUGUAUUUUUGGGAAUUCUACUUUGUGGACCUGGUCAGUGCCUGGACUGUCCAUUAGGCUGCGAGUGUUUUGCCCUCACUCGUACAGUUAAAUGUAUUUCAGCAGAUCUAUUAACAUUGCCUCGAAGUAUUCCUGGAUAUGCAAGGACCAUCAUCAUCACUGGGAAUAAUUUGCAACGAAUUGAGUCAGAUUCAUUCACAGAGCUAGACAAUGUCACCAACAUAAUUUUAAACAAUAAUGGGAUUUCCGAGAUGGCAUCCCACAGCUUCUCUGCCCUCAUCAACCUCUGUUUUCUGGAUCUCAGCGGGAACCAGCUGGCUCUGCUCCACCCAGAGGCUCUGAGCAUCCCCGGCAGCCCCCUCCAAGAGCUCAACCUCAGCCGUGCUCUGUACAACACCAGCGCCUUAACUGACCUCACAACUGCCCUGAGAUGGGGCGGCCUCAGGGGGCUCCUCCGACUUGACCUUUCAGGAAACAACUUGGCUCUGCUUCCACCCGGAAUGUUCGCUCACCUGCCAAACCUGCAGCAGCUUUACCUCAGAAACAACUCCCUGGUGGUGGUCUACACUGGAACCUUUUCAGGCAUGAGUCAUUUGGAGCUGCUGGACCUGGGGAACAAUGCUUUCAGGACAUUUCGAGAGGAUGCACUUCAGGAGUUGGGCAGGCUUGGAGACAUCCGGAUGCUUCUUGGAGACAAUCCUUACAGCUGCUCCUGUGAGAUCCGUGCAUUUGUUUCCUGGCUGAAUGACUCAAAAGCGGACAUUGAUGUAGAAAGUGUGAGGUGCGCUUCACCAAAGAAGCUGCUUAAUGCCCGGCUCCGUGGUCUGGGGGUAGAAGCCAUUGGCUGCGUUGCUCCUGUCCAAGGAGAGGUCACAGACCUGUCUCUGCAAACAUCCUAUGUGUUUUUAGGGCUUGUGCUUGGCUUUGUGGGCAUGGUCUUCCUCUUUGUGCUUUACCUCAACCGCAAAGGCAUGAAAAAGUGGAUCAUAGAGAUGAGAGAUGCGUGUCGGGACGUCCUGGAGGGAUACCACUACAGAUAUGAGAUUGACACAGAUCCUCGGCGCACUUCUGGCUCUAUUUCUGCUGAGAGUGGGAGCACCAGAGUCCCAGGACACUUUGGUCUGUCACAGCAGCUGCCGAGUGACACCUGCAUUGACCAGGAGCCCACAGACACACAGGUUAAGAAGGUGACAGCUCUCAGCUGUGAACAUCUGUAA